GUUCCCCAACAUAUAAUCUUUGAGGUCUUCUCGUGGCUUCCUGCCAAAUCCUUAAUGCGUUUCAAGUGUGUUUCUAAGUUCUGUAACUCUCUUGUAUUCGAAUCAGUUUUUUUUGGAUAUUCAUCGAUGCCGCUCUAUGACUCGCCCUGGUGGAACCAAGUUGCUUGUCCCCAAAACAGUUUUUUACACUUUAGAGCAAACUAAGGAUGGAAAAGCCUCCCUUCUUAAUAUUGAGGAUUUUGAUGGACUCUACGGUUCUGUUAAAGCUUGGCAUACCUAUUUGGAGUGUGUUAAUGGUCUGUUUUGCUUCUGGACAAAGUUAAAACAAUGUGGUAUAAUUUGCAAUCCAAGUACAGGAGAAGUAAGACUUCUUCCUUAUGUAGAUGUAGAUGCGAAGGCAUAUGACUAUUCAUUAGGUUUUGAACCAGAAGAAAAGGUUUAUAAAGGUUUUUUCAUGAAAACUCAACAUACGUCAAUUAGUGAUUUCAAAACGUACUACACGAGAAUCUGGGUUUUCACUUUAGGCAAAGACGAAUCAUGGAAGGAGAUUAAAAGCAUUCCCGCAUUUAAUAGAGUGAGGGAGGGAGUUUGCAUUGAUGGAGUUAUCUACAUGUUUAAUUGUUUAGCAAAUGAUAUAGUUGCAUUUAAUGUGAAAGCUGAAAGUUUCUGCAGAACUAUUACAUUGUGGGAAGCUUUAUAUGGUCACGAGUUGGACUUUUAUAACCUGAUGGAGGUGAAGAGAAAACUGUCUGUCCUCGAAGGUACGGCGGCUUAUGGAGAAAUUAAUUUUUGGAUUUUAGGGAAGGGUCAGCAUAUCAUUCUUGAUUUUCCCUUGGUUCACAAGACAGUGUUCUUUGAUUGCUGGACGUAUUAUGAUGGGGAAAUUAUAAUCGGUGUUGGAGUCAAAAACAAAAAGUUAUCUUUCUUCUCUUAUGAUAUCGCAAGAAAAAGUUGGAGAGAAUUUGAAGUACAUGGAUUUCGUGGAAACGAUGCCAGUAAAUUUGGUUUUUAUAAAUGUGUAGAAAGCCUCUUCCCAAUUAGAAAAAAAUUGCAGAUGUGCUCAUGAACAAGUUUAAACUGAGGUAGAAUGUUUUUUUUUUUUUUUUAAGAAAUAUAAUGGAUUAAUAAUUUGCUCUUUUUUUACAAGGAGAAAAUCCAUAGUUUCAUGAUCUUUAACAUUAAUUUGUUAUAUUAAGA